GCGGCCGGAGACAUGAGGGAAGGUGAGGAGGAGAGCAGAAACGGAACUCAGGGGGAAGAACAAGAUGAAGACUACAUGGGGGAUCUCUCUCAGUUUCUUCCUUCAGAAGCGUUUGGUCCUUCUGAAUCUUUUCCUGGAAAGAGCUCUGACAAGAAAGCCACAACGAUCAACUCUUCCAAAAAGCAGUUGAAAAAUCUCAGUUGGCAAGAACGAAGAAAACUUGAAAGACAAAAAAAGCAACAAGAAGAAGAUGAGCAAACAUUGGCAAAAGUGGAAGCUCCGAUUCCACAAUCAAAUAUUGGAUUUAAGCUGCUCAAACAAAUGGGUUAUACGCCAGGCUCUGCCCUUGGAAAGGAGGGUUCAGGCAGGGCUGAACCUGUAGGACUUGCUAUUCGACGGUCACGAGCUGGUAUAGGACUAGAUGAUCCCCACAAGGAGAAGAGGAAAAGGGAGGAGAUGAAGGUGGAGAGGAAAAAGAGGAAAGAAGAGGCACUGAUGGAAGAAUUUGGGUUUAGGCAGAAGUCACAUUGGCAGAGUAGGAAAAUUGUAAGCAAUUUCAAGAAGGCAAAGGCUGCUCUUGACCAGUUAGAGAACAGGGAAGUUAUACCACAAAAGAAUGAGGAGGAGGAGGGUGAUGUUGAUGAAGAGAAUGAGGAAGAAAUAACAGAAGAGGAUUUACAGGAUGUUCUGAUGGAACUGAGGGAUGAGCAUCAGUAUUGCCUCUUUUGUGGGUGUAAGUAUGAAUCAAAUGAUGCUCUUUUGGCUAACUGCCCUGGGCCCAAUGAAGAUGACCACUGAACUGAUGAGUUUCAGAUGCGGACAAGCUCAGAUUUUUUUUUCCUGUUGUCUCGAAAGUCCCAUUAUCUGCAAAUGCAAAUUGCAUUGGAGAUUGAUUGAUGUGCCUCGGCUAGCUGAUCAUUCUUUGAGGUCAUUCUUGCGGAUGCCGAUGAAAAGCCGGAGCCUGCCUAGAGGCAUUCAUGUGUGAAGACUACCACUGAAGAAUUCGCCUUCCUUGCGACUGCAUCAUGGGACAAUUUAUAUAAACAUCUUAGAUUUCUAUGGGUUGGCAUGUACCUCAUGAGCAUCGUAUUACUAUCGUACAUGUAUUUUGAGAGCAAUGUUGUAACUUGAGCACCUCCAGUGCUUGUCACUGUAAGGAAUAAAGCCCUUAAAUUGCUAUUGUAACCAUUCAACCAAAACUUGAAUUGAGGGAGUAUUGGGAGUGGGAAUAGAUGAAGCAUCUUUUCUCA